UCGUCCCCCCUCGUCUCCGGCGAUGACACCGGCGGCGGCCGCCGCGCCGGGGCGGAAGUCUACGGUCGCGGUCCUCCUCCUCUGCGUGGCCACCAUUUCAUUACUCAUGUUCAUACUCCUGGCAUCUUACUCCCCCCGCCUCCAGCCCCACGGCCGCAGCCCCCACCGCCGCCUCAAGCUCCACCCCAAGAACUCCGCCGCUGUCGCUUCUUCCUACGGAACCGGUGAAUCCGGAGGAAGCGGGGCGCAGAACCGCCAUGCGGCGCCCUUCGACCCGGCCAUCGCCGAGCUGGAGCGGCGGCUGGAGGACAAGGAAUGGGAGCGCGAGCACUACCGCCUCCUCCACGGCGACGGAGACGAGAAGGACGACCACAUGAAGGACUGGGAGGAGUUCCUCAAGGAGGAGGAGGACUUCAUCAAUGACGACGAUCGCUUCAACGUCUCUGACCGCAUCCGCGCGCUUUUCCCCAAGAUCGACCUCGACCCGCAAGACGGUUUCGUCUCCCUCGACGAGCUCAUCAGGUGGAAUCUCGAGCAGGCCAGGGGUGACCAGCUCCAUCGCUCUGCCAGGGAGAUGGAGCUCUACGACAAGAACGGCGACGGGAUCGUCUCCUUUGGGGACUUUCAGACGCUGCGCAAAGAGUCCCAUGGAGAGGGCAAUUCAUUGGGGUUUCCGUGGUGGAAAGAGGAGCACUUCAAUGCUUCAGAUGCCAACGAAGAUGGUUUCCUGAAUAAAGCGGAGUUUCACGACUUCCUUAAUCCAAGUGAUUCAGAUAAUCCUAAAGUGAUCAACUUGCUCUGCAGACAAGAACUAAGGCAGAGGGAUAAAGAUGGUGAUGGAAAGCUAACCUUCGAAGAGUACUUUCAUGGGCUACAUGACCAUAUUCAUGGUUAUGAUGACGAGAACGCAGAGAUUUCUCAUAUUGGGAACAUGACAAUCGCAAAGGAGCGGUUUUCCAAACUUGACAAAGAUAAUGACGGGUUUAUUUCAGAGCGUGAACUAGAACCGAUUCUUGAUAAGCUCCAUCUGUCAGAACGCUAUUAUGCCAGACAGCAAGCCACCCAUGCUAUAUCAGAGGCUGACAAAGAUCAUGAUGGAAGGCUAACGUUGGAAGAGAUGAUUGAGAACCCCUAUGCAUUUUAUGGUAGUGUUUACUUUAGCGACGACGAGGACUACUUCCAUGAAGAGUUCCGCUAAGGCAGCUGCAGCCUGCAGAUUGUAGGUAUCCUAACCACGAAAAGUGACAAACAACCUAGCAGGAAGGAUUCCGAAGUGCAUCUGUACCAGUCAAGAUGUCGUGUGGAUACUUGCAAUUGCAAGAAUCAAUGUGUUGCGGCAUCUCUGUAUCCUUGCUGUGCCUCGGCAUUGCUGUAUCUGGGCAGCACAGCUUUGAGUUGGCAUCAGACGGGGGUGCAGGUGCUGCUUGGGUCUCUGAAUUGUUUUGUACAAUGAAAUUGCAUUUUCCUGGUGAUAGAAAGUCAGACUCCACGUGCUAGUUUUCUUGCUCUAUAUAGUUUAGAUUAAGCUGAGCUGACUGUCUCAGUUUUGUAAAACUCAUGGUGUAUUAGUGAAGAAUGAGAUACUGGCAUUUGUUGAUAAACAGAUGCAAAUUCGCUAACAUAUUAUGCUGUUAAGUUUAUGUGAAAUGAAUCCAAUCAGUUCUCUCCUGCCUGUCCUCUGGCAGAGCUAAA